UGAAGGCUCUACACAGAGAUGGAACGUGCUCAGAAUCCAAGCUUCGCGGCUCUCUGACCUUUCCCCACCGUCUCCCUUCCCUUUUCUCCUCGUCCCUCUCUCUCUCUCUCUCUGUGCCCCAAAAGGGUAACCCUACUUGCCGUUCGGCAUCAAGCUCUUCCGUAUUCCUCUCGGUUCCCUCCGGUCAGAGGCCCGCCGUCCGUCGGCCCCUAACAGAUUCGAAGCUACGAUGUUGGGCGUUCUCAGGAGGAGAGGCUCGUCUUCUUCGAUAUUGAAGCAGUCUCUGCAGACCAUUCGACCUGCAGCGUCUACGCCGAGAGCUGCUUCUACUGCUGAGACAGAGGUUUUACUUGCUCCAAGAGGACUAGGACAUGUCCGGAACUACAGUCGCCUUGUUGUGCCAGGUUCUACAGUUAGUCUGACGCCCAAAAGGGAUGUCUUCUCAACCAUUCACUUAAUGGGCACUACGCAAAUUUGGAGCAAGGGUUUUUCUUCUGAUAGUGCGGAUUUGGUUGAGGCUGUUGUACCUUUCAUGGGUGAAUCUAUUACUGAUGGCACUCUAGCUACAUUCUUGAAGCAGCCUGGGGAUAGGGUGGAAGUCGAUGAACCCAUUGCACAAAUCGAGACAGAUAAGGUUACAAUUGAUGUUGCUAGUCCGGAAGCAGGUGUGAUAAAGGAGUUUGUUGCCAAGGAAGGAGAUACAGUUGAGCCAGGAACUAAGGUUGCUAUCAUUUCAAAGUCUGGUGAAGGAGUAGCUCAUGUUGCUCCAUCUGAAAAAAUACCCGAGAAAGCUGCUCCGAAGCCAACUGAAAAGAAAGAUGAGGUAAAGCAGACACCUAAACCUGAUCUUGCUGCAGAGAAGCCCAAGAAAUCAACUCCAGCUACAUCACCUCCUAGACAAGCUGCUUCAGAACCUCAGCUUCCCCCCAAGGAUAGAGAAAGACGUGUUCCAAUGACAAGGCUUCGCAAAAGAGUUGCCACCCGAUUGAAGGACUCGCAAAACACGUUUGCUUUGCUGACAACAUUCAAUGAAGUGGAUAUGACUAAUUUGAUGAAGCUUCGCUCUGAGUACAAGGAUGCUUUUUAUGAAAAGCAUGGUGUGAAGUUGGGGCUUAUGUCUGGAUUCAUCAAGGCUGCAGUCUCCGCACUCCAGCAUCAGCCUGUUGUAAAUGCAGUAAUCGAUGGGGAUGAUAUCAUAUAUAGAGAUUACAUAGACAUUAGUAUAGCUGUUGGGACUCCAAAGGGACUUGUUGUGCCGGUGAUUCGCAACGCUGACAACAUGAAUUUCGCUGAUAUUGAGAAGGAGAUUAAUACCCUCGCAAAGAAGGCGAAUGAUGGGACCAUUUCAAUUGAUGAGAUGGCAGGAGGUUCAUUUACCAUAUCUAAUGGCGGUGUGUAUGGAAGCCUUUUGAGUACUCCCAUCAUCAACCCUCCUCAGUCUGCAAUAUUGGGGAUGCACUCGAUUGUGAGCCGCCCAAUGGUUGUCGGAGGCAAUGUUCUCCCAAGGCCUAUGAUGUACGUUGCUCUCACCUAUGACCAUAGGCUGAUCGACGGGAGAGAGGCUGUGUUCUUCUUGCGCCGCAUCAAGGAUGUGGUGGAGGAUCCUCGCAGGCUGCUUCUUGACGUCUAAGGACAUAAACCUAGAGACAGUUGUGGUGGUGCUGAAGAACUGGUGAAUUCUCUUCCUCCAUCCCCGAUAAUGUAUGGGGUUCGUUUGACAAGAAAGAAUAAACAGCAGACUUCAUUGAGACCUGAGCAAAGUUUUGUAGGGUUCUGUUUGUUGGCCCAUAUAAAAGUUGAGUUUUGUCCUCAGUAGUCAGUACAGUAGCGGCUUUUGCCACGACUUGGUCACGGAUCAAGAACAGUCGGGUUUGUAGCGAUUCAAUAUUUAUUUUCCCUGUUGGCCUCUGCUUAUACGAUGGAGUAUUCAACUCGGCGGAAUACCCCAUAGUUGAGAUGGGCAGAAGAAUACUAUCCUCGAUCUGAUCCGUCUUGAAUCCACGGUCAGGACCUAAUGCUCGUCUUUCCCCAGCACUUACAACUCUUUAAUUUACCAGUCUUCAUUUUGAGUAUCAAGUGCUAUUAUGCAGCAUUGAUCCAGCUCGUUUUACCCGGCUUGUUUUGAAGCGGAUAAUACCCAUACCCACUCCGUAAUUGAGGUGGGCAUAAAUAAUACUAUUCUUGACCUAACCCG